GACUGACUGAAGACUAACCAUUAGGCUCCUGCUGCAAGACAAAUGUAAAGAUAGACAGAAGUGCAUGCUCAUACACUCAUACACACAACAAGCCACACUCUACUGAUAAUUGGGCUCACAUACUGUACGUGCUGGCAUUCAGGCAUUUCCUUUAUAUUGCACAUAAUCAUAAUAAACUGACAAUCUUUAAUUUAGAGUAGAUCACUGACAGGCCAUGGGGGAGGUGGAAAUGACUAACCAGAUUUUAUGCUCUUCAGGGCUGACCUUGGACUGACUGAAGUUUCAGGAGUGAUGCCUACGCUAAAAAUGUCAUUGGCAGCGCAUAGAGAAAAAAACACACCCUUGUUCCUCUAAUGGCUCGAGCUAACUGAGGCCUCCGGCUAGCCGACACAGAGGCAAGGGAGGGAUGUCCUUUAGUUCUGUUGAAUCAGCUUUGUGUGUGUACGUCGCCCGGGUCAGGAGGAAUGCAUGUGCUUCUUUGGUGUUCCGGGGAAGCACAGACAACAAGGAUCGCUACUGUUUGAACCGCAGCUUUGGUAUUCUGCCUGUGAUGAGGUUGAGCCUCGUUGUUCUAAACACAGACCUGGAAGUGAAAGUAGUCAGUGUCACAACAGGCAGAAGGCUGUGGCUAAGGACAAGAGUGGACACGACACAGCCAGUUCAAUCUUCUAGCGCUCUGUGGGGGUGUGAAUGGGUCUGAAGGAACUACAACAUCAGGUGGAUCCCACUAGGCAGCGCUGCAGUAGGUCAAACUAGACUCCUCACUCCCACAUUCUAAUGAGGCCACGGCGAUGCUGACAUCCCCCCUGAAUCCAAAGACAUCAUCAUGCUGAAGACGGAGGCCUCGGGGGAGAGGACCAGCCUCCGGAGUGCCUCCCCCCACCGUAAUGCCUACCGGGCUGAGUUUCAGGCGCUAAAGAGGGCCUUUGACCAGCCUCGGAUCGAUGGAGACUCCAAGCCCAAAGACCUAGAACGGGUGAAACAGCCAAGGGGCCGCCAGUAUGGCAGCCAUGUCAGUCGCAUUAAGGACAUGUUCAUGCAGAUGGGCACAGAUAAAGUGCCGGUUAAGGCCAAGGGUUGUGAUGAUACCUCACCGCAAAAGCUGGUCAAGCCCACCAACUUCAUCAACAAGGCCGAUGGAUCGGUGAUAAGACUCCAACAUUCCUCAUCAGCUGACAGGGUUGGAGGUGCUGGAGCAAAGUUCUCUGAAACCAGGAAGCUGUUUGAGCAGCAGUCACGUGACCAGUCCCAAUCACCAGUCUUUCCAUACGGACGUGAUAAGCGAGGUUCCCAUGAGCAUCUAGACGACUGGCGAGGUGCGAGGUCUAAUCGAGGCAGCACAGACUCCUUGGACUCACUUUGCUCUAGAACAGAGGCGUCCUCGCCAACUGUCAGUCAACUUAGUGCUGUUUUUGAAAAUGCUGACCACCACAACCAAGGUGCACCCUACAAAGGAGUCAGCAGACGGGCCCUCUACUCACCAGACGGAUUCAACCGCCAUGGAGGUGACGUCAGUGAAGAUGAUUCAAGACAAUCUCCAGUUCGUGGAAGCUACCGGAGCAGGAUAGGAGGAAAGGUUCCAACAUCCUCCUCUUCUGAGGACCUUCUGAGCCCCAGUCCUGGGACGGAGACUUCAGAGCUGAAACCUGCACCAAAAGAGGAAGAAGCCCAAGACAAAUCAGACAAGGUUAAGACUACGGGCGGAGAAAGACAACGUCUGUCUGGGGUCACCACCAACGGAAGCCAGGUCAAUGGCUCAUGUGAAGAAGAGGAGAAACCCUCAGAAACAAGAAAACAUACUGAGGAUCUAGGGGUGUCCAAAGCUUCAAAACCUACAGAUGAUGCAGUGAUUACCGAUAAAGCUUUUGACGAUGCAACCCCUGAGCCGUUGCCAACCCCAACUACACCAGCUGGGGAAAGCCAGGAGGAUGGAGACGGUUCAAGAGAUGACAAGUCCUCCGAAUCUCCCAAGGACCAGGUGGAAGAGCCCGAUGAGGAAUACGUUGGGAAUGAGCGGGUGAUUUUUAACGCAGAUGGGGACGCCUGUUACCAGGGUUGGGGGGAAAGCUGCACGGAUCCUGAGGAUGACCUCUACGGAGACGAUGAGGAUAUUGUCUACGACCCGGGCUCUGAUCUGACAGAGAUUCCUGGUCUGCCACAAGAAAACAAAGAGGACAUCCCUGCAAAGAGGAAGAUUCGUUUCAGCACUGCCCCCAUUACAGUGUUCAACACCUACUCCAACGAGGACUAUGACCGUCGCAACGAAGAGGUGGAUCCUGUGGCCUCCUCCGCAGAGUACGAGCUGGAGAAGAGGGUGGAGAAACUGGAGCUCUUCCCCGUGGAGCUGGAGAAAGAUGAAGACGGCCUGGGGAUCAGUAUCAUCGGGAUGGGUGUCGGCGCUGACGCAGGCCUGGAGAAACUGGGCAUCUUCGUCAAGACUGUCAUCGAGGGCGGGGCUGCUGAGAGAGACAGCAGGAUCAAGGUGAAUGACCAGAUCGUGGAGGUGGAUGGGACCAGUCUGGUGGGCGUCACCCAGAGCUUUGCUGCCUCCGUCCUCAGGAACACAUCAGGGGUGGUCAGGUUUGUGAUUGGCCGAGAGCGUCCGGGUCAGCAGAGUGAGGUGGCCACGCUCAUCCAGCAGACCCUGGAGCAAGAGAGGAGGCAGAGAGAGCUGUUGGAGCAGCAGUACGCCCACUAUGACGCUGAUGAUGACGAGCAGACAGGAGAGUACGCCACAGACGACGAGGAGGCAGGGACAACGGUGGCAGGCGAGGACAAGAGCAUCGAGGUUUUUGACUUGCCAGAAUCGGAGGACAUCUUGUCUCCCUCGGAGCUGGACGCCACUAAACUCUACCAGAAGUUCAGAGAGCUCCAGAUCAAACACACAGUGACCGAGGCCGAGAUCCAGAAGCUCAAAAACAAGCUGGCGUCAGUGGAGAGGGAGAAGCAGCGCUGGGAGAAGGAGAAGAGCCAGCUGAAGGCCAGCAUCGAGGAGAACAAGGAGAGGAUGCUGAAGCUGGAGAGCUACUGGAUCGAAGCGCAGACCCUCUGCCACACAGUCAACGAGCACCUGAAGGAGGCGCAGGCUCAGUACCAAGCUCUGGAGAAGAAGUACAACAAAGCCAAGAAACUCAUCAAAGACUUCCAGCAGAAAGAGGUGGAGUUUAUCCAGAAGGAAGAUGCGGAGAGGAGGCGGCUGGAGGAGGCAGAAAAAGCUCACCUGGCUGAGAUCCAGGGACUGCAAGUCAGGAUUGCAGCAUUAGAGUCCGAGCUAAUGCAGCUGAUGAAGCAGAACGGCAUCCAGGUCAACAACAACAACAGCAACAGUGCCGAGAGGCUCAGCGCUCAGCAGCACAGCCCCAAAAGGGUUGUGGCACAGGCCAGAGACCUGAAGGAGGGCUCUCCCAAUUCGCCCAGCAAAAAGAAGAGCUACAGAGGAGUCGCUCGAGACAGCCUCAGCUCCACAGAGGGAGAGGUCUCAGAGGGACACGGCAGUCCGGCACACAGUCGAUCCAGUUCGAUUCGUAGCGCCACCUCUUGUGACGGAGGAGCCGCGGUCCUCAGGGCCCCUGGCAGCGCGGAAAGCUCCCCCAGACGAACACUGCAGUCGCCUUUCACCACUGGCUCUCAGUCUCCCGCAAAGUCGAGCCCUUCUCACAGUGUGGAGGAACACAGACAGGCUCUGGAUCCAGGGUCCUCCCUCAGGAAAACUAAAGUGACGGACAAAGAUCCCAGAGCCUCACCUGGAAACAGCUCCACAGAGCCGUCAGCAGAGGACAGUCCGGAGAAACUCAAGGCCAAGACCUCCCUCACAUGGCCCCACUUCUUCUCCUAUUCAUAUUACUUGGGACCCACUUUGAACGAUGAUCUGAGUGCCAGCAGCAGCAGCUCGGUGGAGAUCAGCGGCCUGCUGAGUGAAGCCAAGAUGUCGGGACGCUCGCACACUCUCGUGCUCUCCUCAGAUGAGAGUCUGGAUAUGAUAGAUGACGAGAUCCUGGACGAGGGACAGUUUCCAAAGCAGUGCCAGUGGCAGAACCGCUGCAUCACAGAGUGGACCUCCCAGCAAGUGGCCCGCUGGCUCAUGGGCCUCAACUUAGAACAAUACAUCCCAGAAUUCACUGCCAAAAACAUAGAUGGAGAACAGCUGCUGCAGCUGGAGAGUCCUGAGCUCAAGGCCCUUGGAGUCACUUCUUCCCAGGAUCGUGCCCUGAUCAAGAAAAAGAUCAAAGAUCUUAAAGUUCUGAUGGAGAAGGCCAAGAGGAACCGAGAGAAAGUGGAGAAACAGCGCGAGAAGCUACGGAAGAGAGAGCUGGAGCAGCAGCAGAAAGAGGCGCGCAAAGAAAGCGCAGCAGAGUGAAGCGCACCGUUAGAUCACCUCCCGUUUUACUGUAGCACCACACCAAGUAGCAUCUCGAGGAACAGAACGUCAGCAGGCCCCACAAAAGAACCCUGAGGGACGCCUGCUCAGUAGUUCAAUAGUUCUCAGUGGUGGAGCUACACGCCCAACUGUCGGAGAUCGUUGAGUGACUUUUUCACCAAGCAAAUCAAACCAAAACGAGCAGUUGGGUGAUAGGAACCUGCCCCCCCCAUUCAUUUGCCUCAUUUUACACCUCAUCCUGUUUUUAGCCAUUUAAGAUUUUACUCAGUUUUAUUUAUUUUACUGUUUACUGCUGUAAAUUAGGAUUAUUUAUUCAAAUCCAGAGUAAAUCUGUGAAAAGUUCAUCUCAUCCUCAUCCCAUAUCAUCCUCAAAGCCGUCACCCAUCACAGCACCUGUAGACAUGACGACCAUGUACAGUGAUAAAUACAAAUAUGUCUUAUGUGCCAUUUUGAUAGACUUAUGUACAUCCUGUUCAGAUACAUAGAUCAGUGGAAUCGCUCUAUUGCUUUGAUGAAGCACAGACAGGUCAGGCCUGUGUGGUGGAGUGUAUGAGGUAGUACUCAUCUCCCACCACUGGGUGUCCCCAUGCUGCUUACUUUCACUACUGAAGGAGGCGACACUGGAACUCUCCAAUAGGAGCUGAAGCAGGAACCAAGUUUCACUGGAAGAAACAAACUCUCUCAGUACUUGCAAGAACACUGGAAGUGCAAACACUGUAAAUUGAACCUCUGCACUGGCUCGUCCAAUGCUCCUUACAGUAUACACGUACCAUACUAAAGCAGUUCACAAGGUAUGAAUGACGACAAGGACAUACUGUAACUCAUUGGACUGGUUCUAAAGGAGACUUCAGGUACAAUGUAAUCAUGAAAUUUGUAAUUUACCAAACCUGUACCACAAAAACAAACAAAAAAAAAUGUCAAAACGAAACUUCCUGCUUAUAUGCAUAAUGUUGCUUUGACACCGCUUGUAACCUGCUUUUGACCUCUUUUUAUAUUCUCUCUCAAUAACAAAGUAAAACCCCGCCGCUGCCUUUAGAAAUUCUAGAGAAGUAGAAUUUUUCUGACCUCUACCCGCUUCUGUGUGAGUGUUGAAACACAUACAGUAGAGUAAACAUUUCUAAUUGUUCUUUAAUUUUUUCUUUCAUAAAAAAAAUCACAGGUCAGAGUUCACCAUGCGAAUUACUUUUGGACUCUCUGAAUAAUAUUUAGGAAUGCUGCCAUAUAGACGAGUUAUCUCCGUGAUCGAGGACAGAUGCAGUGAGUCCAGAAAUUGUCUUAAAAAUGAUCGCACCUGAUGUUACACUGGAAAUUGCACCUCAUGGAUGCAAUGUAGUUAUAAUUUUCCUAUGAAACUGGUUCAGUUAACAUUUGAUUUACUUGUUAGAUAAAAAAUAUAUACCUUUGAAAUUAUUUUGAUGUAUGUACUUAAUGCAGUUCUUGUUUUAGGAUUACGGCGCUCACCGAGAGACAUGUUCCCUGUGUUACUUCUUUAGCAUUCCCGAGAAUCAUUCCAUAGGUUUACAGCAAAUAUAGAGACACCAGUGUCACCGUGAUAAAAAAAAACAAAAAACACGAAGGCAGCUUUGGUUAUGAUUCCCUUUUGGUCUCAAGGGCACCGCCUGGUGAACUGUUAACAGGUUAAGGAUAUGAAUAAUAGUAGGGGUUACAGAUACCUCCGUGCAAUGCCACAGUAAUACAGGUAUCACUGAUCUGUUAAUGUUAUUAUUUAUUUAUUUCUGUAUUUAAUGAAGCAACUGACUACUGUUUAUGAUAACUUAUACAAAAUAAGAGUAUUAUUAACACCUAACAAUGAUUUAUCCAGAAUUGUAUGAUUACUUCCUAUUGCCAAAAUAUAAUUAAACCUGUUCAUUAAAAGUGAUUUUAGAUUCGAAUGGUUGUUAUCAAAUGAAGGACGUAAAGUUUGGAAACGCAAAACGCAGUAAUACUCCCCCAUCGUGCUUGUGGUUUUUCCUCUAAUACAACCAUAGUGCUGCUCCAGUGCAACUUCAAUAAACUGCUCAUGAUGUAUUCUUAUGGAAUAUUUUGUAACACUUGAACCUUUCUGUGAAUACCCCCCCACCCCCACCUCUGUCAAGUCAGUCCGCCCGACUGCACUCUUUUGUAUGUAUAGUAAAACACUGAGAGCAAUACGCUGUAAGAAUCCUAAAGAAGCCUUGUUUUCUAUCGUGUCAGUGUGUGUGCACAGUUUGUCUGAGGGCUGAGGAGGCUAAAAGGUCACGCCUGAGGCCAAAAUGUGAUCUUUUCUAUGUGCUUGACUGAGCUUGACUAGGCAUGAUGGAACCAACAUAUGGAUGAGAUCCCUGGUGCUCCUGGCGGGGGGUUUGAGUCAUGUCUGGAAGGGUUUGUCUUUAAUGUUCAUAGAGAGCAAAAGAUAAUCACCACAAACUGCUAGCCAUGCUUUCACUCUUUUAAAAAAGCUGUGCUUAUUCUCUUCCUACUCCUCCCCUUCUUUUUUUGUCUUAACCUUGCUCUCUUUUUCGCAUUCUGAAAAGUUUGAAAGGGCAGCUACCUGUCACACCGAAUAAAAUGUGCGGUCACUGU